UUUUUUUUUUUCUUUUUUUUUUUAAGGAGCACCAUCAGGUUUGGGACGCUCAUUUUUUUGGGGGAUAAUUUUUCCCCAACCGGGGUCGGACUAUGGCGGACGACGACAUCCUCUUUGAAGAUGUGUACGAGCUCUGCGAGGUCAUUGGCAAGGGUCCCUUCAGCGUGGUGAGAAGAUGCAUCAACAGAGAGACGGGGCAGCAGUUUGCUGUCAAGAUCGUGGACGUGGCCCAGUUCACCUCCAGUCCUGGACUCAGCACGGAGGAUCUGAAGAGGGAGGCCAGCAUCUGCCACAUGCUGAAGCACCCCCACAUCGUGGAGCUGCUGGAGACGUACAGCUCAGACGGGAUGCUCUACAUGGUUUUCGAGUAUAUGGAUGGAGCCGACCUGUGUUUUGAGAUUGUGAAGAGGGCAGAUGCUGGUUUUGUCUUCAGCGAAGCAGUGGCCAGUCACUACAUGAGACAGAUCCUCGAGGCGCUACGCUAUUGUCACGACAACAAUGUCAUCCACCGAGAUGUCAAGCCUCACUGUGUGCUGCUGGCGUCCAAAGAGAACUCCGCUCCGGUGAAGUUGGGGGGGUUCGGAGUCGCCAUCCAGCUCGGAGAGUCGGGGCUGGUGGCCGGAGGUCGGGUAGGAACUCCCCACUUCAUGGCCCCCGAGGUGGUGAAGAGAGAGCCAUACGGUAAACCUGUAGACGUGUGGGGCUGUGGGGUCAUCCUCUUCAUCCUCCUCUCAGGCUGUCUGCCUUUCUACGGCACCAAGGAGCGCCUGUUUGAAGCCAUCUGCAAGGGCAAAUACAAGAUGAAUCCACGCCAAUGGGCCCAAAUCUCAGAGAGCGCCAAGGACCUGGUGAGGCGCAUGCUGAUGCUGGACCCCGCCGAGAGGAUCACCGUCUACGAGGCUCUGAACCACCCCUGGCUGAAGGAAAGGGACCGAUAUGCCUACAAGAUCCACCUGCCGGAGACUGUGGAACAGCUCAGAAAGUUCAAUUCCAGGAGGAAGCUGAAGGGGGCUGUUCUGGCUGCGGUGUCCAGUCACAAGUUUAAUUCCUUCUAUGGAGACCCCCCCGAGGAGCUCCAUGACUUCUCUGAAGACCCCACCUCCUCAGGGGCUGUCUCUCAGGUGUUGGACAGUCUAGAGGAGAUCCACGCUUUGACAGACUGCAGUGAAAAGGAUCUAGAUUUCCUUCACAGUGUUUUCCAGGACCAGCAUCUACACACACUGCUCGACCUCUACGAUAAGAUCAACACCAAGUCGUCCCCGCAGAUCAGAAACCCCCCCAGUGAUGCCGUGCAGAGAGCCAAAGAGAGUUCCUCCCAAGACGAAGCAAGUGGCGCUUUGAAACACCUGGAAUAUGUACUGGAAGAGAUCUCCUGCUACCCAGAGAACCACGAAGCUAAAGAACUCAGACGGAUACUGACCCAGCCGCAUUUCAUGGCUUUGCUGCAGGCCCACGACGUGGUGGCCCACGAGGUUUACAGUGACGAGGCUCUGAGGGUGACCCCUCCGCCCACCUCGCCCUACCUGAACGGAGACUCCCCAGAAAGCAACAACGGGGACAUGGACCUGGAGAAUGUCACCAGGGUCCGCCUGGUCCAGUUCCAGAAGAACACAGAUGAGCCGAUGGGUAUCACGCUGAAGAUGAACGAGUCAAACCACUGCAUCGUUGCCAGGAUAAUGCACGGGGGGAUGAUCCACAGACAAGGAACGCUGCAUAUAGGAGACGAGAUCCGGGAGAUCAACAGCAUCAGCGUGGCCAACCAGACGGUUGAGCAGCUGCAGAAGAUGCUGAGGGAUAUGCGAGGAAGCAUCACCUUCAAAAUAGUGCCAAGUUACCGGACACAGGGCUCCUCGUGUGAGAAAGAGUCCCCCAACACCUCCAGGCAGUCCCCUGCCAAUGGCCACUCCAGCAUUAACAGUUCUAUCUUGGACCUGCCAUCCACCAUUCAGCCCAAAGGUCGACAGAUUGUAUCCAGACCUCCAAUCAAGGACAAAAUGUCUGUUAAGAUCUACGUGAGGGCUCAGUUUGAAUACGACCCCUCCAAAGACGAACUCAUCCCCUGCAAGGAGGCCGGCAUUCGCUUCCAGGUGGGCGACAUCAUCCAGAUCAUCUCCAAGGACGACCACAACUGGUGGCAGGGCAAGCUGGAGAACACGAAAAAUGCCACGGCGGGCCUCAUCCCGUCACCUGAACUGCAGGAGUGGCGGGUGGCGUGUAUCGCCAUGGAGAAGACCAAGCAGGAACAGCAGGCCAGCUGUACCUGGUUUGGCAAGAAGAAGAAGCAGUACAAAGACAAGUAUUUGGCAAAGCACAACGCAGUGUUCGACCAACUAGAUCUCGUCACGUAUGAAGAGGUCGUGAAGCUUCCGGCUUUCAAGAGGAAAACAUUAGUUUUGUUAGGGGCCCAUGGAGUGGGAAGAAGACACAUCAAGAACACACUCAUCACCAAACACCCCGACAGAUUCGCCUACCCCAUUCCACACACAACCAGACCUCCAAAGAAGGACGAGGAGAACGGAAAGAACUACUACUUUGUUUCCCACGACCAGAUGAUGCAGGACAUCAGCAACAACGAGUACCUGGAGUACGGCAGCCACGAGGACGCCAUGUACGGGACGCGGCUGGAGACCAUCCGGAUGAUCCACCAAGAGGGACACAUAGCGAUACUGGACGUUGAACCUCAGGCCCUGAAGGUCCUGCGGACAGCAGAGUUCGCCCCGUACGUCGUCUUCAUUGCUGCACCAACGAUUACGCCAGGCAUCAAUGAGGAUGAGUCGCUCCAGCGGCUGCAGAAGGAGUCCGAGAUCCUGCAGAAGACCUACGCCCACUACUUCGACCAGACCAUCAUCAACAACGAGAUCGAUGAGACCAUCAGGCACCUGGAGGAGGCCAUCGAUCUGGUGUGCACCACCAGCCAGUGGGUUCCCGUGUCCUGGGUCUACUGAGCUGCAGCCCCGACAGACACCACCUCCCCUCAGCAGCAACAACACGGCCAAACUCCCAUCAUUCCCUCUUUGAAGUAAGAAUAAAUAAAGAACUUUAACAAAAACCAAUGGGAAACGUCUCUCUACUCGGCAAUGGAUGGAACCCAAAUCCCCAUUAAACCCAAAUCCUCCUGGACGCUGCACUAACGACCUGCGGCCUUAUAAUUAUCGGCCUCUUGCCCUGACGGACGACUUAGUCAUAGUGAUGUAUAAAAACAGAGUUUAAACAAAAGUGAAUAUUGUCAUGUCUGUACUAGCUAGGAGGCAACAUUUUUGUAGAUGUUUGUUUUAAAGAGACAGUACUGUGCCCCGUCCUCCCAUCUCAUUGUAGUCGUGUUGGGUGUCGUAGUACUGAACCAUCUGUAGAAAGACACUGUCGGGGUAUUCUGUCUCUCGGCAGAAUGAAGUAAAAGCACACAAACACACUGCAAUGUCCUCUCAUCUGUAGAUCAUGUCGCCAUCCCUCAUUAUUUAUUCUGUCUUGUUCUUUCUCUAAGCUGUAAAGCUGGUUUUCAUUGUGUCAUGAUCCUAUUUAGCUUUUUGGUACGGUUACAUUAUGAUUCCACAUUUCUACUUGCCUACCAGGUACUGUCUCUUCUAAAUAAAUCCAUAAAUGUGUUAGAGAUUUGAAUGAGGUUAUCAUGCAUGUGGACAUUUGCAAGCUUCCAUGCUGUCGGUCAGUCGGUGUUCCCAGUGUCCCUCUGUAAACCUCCAAGAAAGAAAAGAAGACAAAAAUAUAUUAACAAAAAAACAAACACAUUCCAGCUGUUUGGAAAGACUGAACUCAAGGGAAGCAAAAAACGAUCAGCGACAGAAGCAGACGUUGACUUGACACCUAUGCACAUCCCUUGCAUUUCAGGUGACAUUUCUAAACCACAGAUUUAUAAAAAAAAAAAAGAAAUUAAAAAAAAUGAUCGACCAUGUAGUGAGAUGUGUUUGUAAAAUGAAAAAAUCUAAUAAAAGUCUUGAUUUUUCUCUUUUUGAUUUGUCAUACCAAAAAAAAGAGGAAAAAGUUCACCUUAUUCUUCAUUUGCCAUUUCAGAAAAUGUGAUGUCCAAGAGUAUUAAUGUCUCAACUGAGUGAAAAAAUUUGAUGAGAGUUGAAAUAUUGAUUUUUUUUUUCUGCAACUGUGUAAGCAUCUGCAAAGGAAGUGUACUCCAUCCAUCCUGCAAAGGUGACGAGGGAAGAGGAGGCGGCCUGUGCAUCUGAAUAACAUGUAUAUGAAUAUGGCAGACUGACGUACAAACUGCCCCUUGUGUAAAUGACUGCAAUGAUAAAAGUUCUUCAGUUUUUUAAAUAUAUUUCCUUUUAUGUGUUGGAAAAGUGAA